CAGAGCCUCUGAGAGCCCCCUGUCUCUCUCCAGGUCAGCCAUGUCAUCUGAGCCUCCUCCUCCAUCACAGCCCCCCACCCAUCAGUCCUCGGUUGGGCUGCUGGACACCCAACAGGCCCGAGAUCGCUCACCGUCCCCUCUUCGGGGCAACGUGGUCCCGAGCCCACUGCCCACUCGCCGGACAAGGACCUUCUCCGCGACGGUGCGGGCUUCCCAGGGCCCUGUCUACAAAGGAGUCUGCAAAUGCUUCUGUCGGUCCAAAGGCCACGGCUUCAUUACCCCAGCUGACGGCGGCCCCGACAUCUUCCUGCAUAUCUCCGACGUGGAAGGGGAGUACGUCCCAGUGGAAGGCGACGAGGUCACCUAUAAGAUGUGCUCCAUCCCGCCCAAGAACGAGAAGCUGCAGGCUGUGGAGGUGGUCAUCACCCACCUGGCGCCGGGCUCCAAGCACGAGACCUGGUCCGGCCACGUCGUCAGCUCCUAGGAGGGGCCGGAAGCACCCCUUCUCCCUGGCUUGGGGGCGACUCUGGGGGAGGGGGAGGCAGGACCAAACUGGAGAGGACAUUCUGCUGCUUGAGAUGGGGCUUCAAGGGGGGAGUGUGGUCCCUUUCAAGUAUCUCCUGGAGGAAGGGGUGUGGGGGGCAGGCACGGGGUGCUCUUGGCCGCCAGCACUGCCUCUGACCAUCGCAACCAACAUCUCACCAUCUGAAAAGUAUUAAAAGCAUUGAAAAAGGAGAGGUGCCCCACUGGUGGCUGAGUGGAGGGUCCAACCCUGGCCCAGGGACUGAGUCCUCAGCCCUGAGAGUCUUUGGGGGCUCAGAAUUCCCAAUCUGGCCUGUGGGGGGGGGAUGUGGACCCCACAUAUUUUCCCAGGAGGAAUUCCCACCCAAGCGCCUCGCCUUGUGUCCCUUGUCAGCCCUGGAACUCUGGACAGAGCAGGCUUUUCUGAUUCUUGGCUGGUUGUGCCAGGGGUCCGGGAGGGGGUGGGUGGAGGGUGUCUUUGGUGCCUUUGCAGCGGGAGGCGUCAGAGCCGGACGUCUGGGACCCCGAGUGCUCCGAGCCGAACCCUCACUCUUUUCAAAGCCUGGUCCUUUCUGUCCGUCUUCAGAUUGAGUGAUCCUGGCUUAGCAGCCCCUUCACAUCCCUGUCAUUUGGGUAGUGGGUGAGGGUAAGGAUGGCGGUGGGUGAAGGAGGUGUAGAGAGGGGAGGGUCUUUGUUUAAAAACAGACCUUUCUCCGGACCCAUCCAGGAAAGAGCAGCCAGCUUGCUUCCUGACCGCCUGGUAGAGUCAAAAGUUGGAGAGAAACACCUUUGGUGCGGUUUUCUGGAAAACUCGCGUGAAGAACGGCUUAGGGCUUUUUUUUU